AUGGCAUUCGGAGACACAGUAUUGUUGACUGGCGCCACCGGCCACCUUGGCUGGGCCAUUCUUCGUUUCCUACUCGGUGAAGGAUAUCAUGUCCGGUGCGCUGUCCGAAAGGCAGAGGACGAACACACAAUCCGAGCUCGACCCGCAGUACGCCGUUUGAACCCCGGUUCGAGACUUUCCUUUAUCGUUGUGCCAGACAUCACGACACCUGGGGCAUUCGUGGCGGCUGCCGAAGAUGCCGCCUACAUCAUCCACGCAGCGUCUCCCCUACCAAGCAAGUCGGCUCGUUGGAUCACCACAGAUGACGCUCGCGAGACGUUCAUCAAGCCUGCUGCUGCUGGAACACUCAACAUCCUUGAUGCCGCUGAGCAAAGCGGAACCGUGAGACGUGUUGUCUUUACCAGUUCCAUUGCGGCAAUUGUUCCAAUAUCACAAAUGGAGGGCAAAGAACAGAGAACACGGCCAGUGCUUCCCGAAGACCGGAUACCCGUCGACCAAGGACCAUACCAAUCCGAGUUUGCCGCCUACGCAGCCUCCAAAUGUCGAGCACUCCAAGUGGCGGAGGGGUACAUGAAGAACGAGCGCCCACCUUUUGACGCCGUCUACAUACAUCCCGGCUUCGUGCUGGGGGCCAACACGGCAGCGACUACGGAGAAGCAGGCGAUGCGGGGCACAAACUCCAUGUUGGCAGCCUUGCUCCUAGGUCACAGUCAGGGGGUAUACGCGGGGUUGUCGGUGCAUGUCGAAGAUGUGGCACGGGUUCAUGUCGAAGCUCUGAGUCCCAAGAUUCUUGGGGAUCAGAGCUUCAUCUUGGGUGAGCAAGUACGGUGGACCGACGCCAUCGACAUCGCCGAGGAAGAAUUCCCAGAGCUUUUCGCAAGUAGGCUAUUGACGACCAGUGGCUACUACCAGACAGUCAGUAUACCAAUCGACACCAGCCUGACGACAGAUACAUUUGGAAUGGGCUUCAUCAGCUUCGCCGACCAGGUAAAGAGCGUUGUCGAACAUUGGGCCAAAGUACGCCAGCCUCGCGGGGUGCCUUCUUCAACAGCUUCAGGUCCUCAAACAGAAUCACUGGGCUGGGAAAGCGGCAAGAUUGCCAGAGUCAAGUCGCCCAUGGUGUACAGGCCAAGCCCAAGCGGCGGGCACGAACCGAGCAUCCCAGACGUCCAUCUUUCUCUGCCGAAUGGGAUCGCGGGGUUGGAGGAGCACGACUACGGCACAGCAGAGGUGCUACCACCUGCCACAGAGGAAGAGACAUGGGAGAGCAUCAUGCAGCGGCACAUGAUUCCAUCGGAGGCUUUUUCUUCGUCGGGCGAAAGCGGGGGCAGCAAUUGGUCGACUGCGUCGAAUGAUACUGAAGGCAUCACGUCCGGUUCAUCGGGCGACGAGGAGGGACCGACAAACUCUGAUGAUUCAGAUGCCGGGGAUGAUUCAAAAAAGCGUCCUCCUGUGCAUGAAAGCGGCGCGGAGAUGACAAGUUGA